AUAUAAAGAGGUCUUUCUUUUUCUCAAGUCAUCCAUUGCAGCUCUCAAGAACAAAAGAAAAAUCAGAGAAUUCCUGAUACCCCAGCAAGUCUUCCAGUUAUAACCGAUCAUGAUCUCCGUCGUAAUCAUCACUGGUCUACUAGUGGAGUACACAGCAGCUCUCGCAAAACUCACCGCAGGGAUUAUUCCGAGACGGCAAGGAGACAGCAACGUCGUACGAGUUGGUGGUUUCGUCUUGCCUUGUCCUUCUCCGUCCAGUACUAUUCGGUCGUCACCGAUACCUGACUUUUCUUCUCAUCUUGUAGAUUUCUGAUCUGUGACGACUUUUAGAGAUUUUUAUUUUGGAUUUUGUCAUCUUUUUUUAAUCUCUUCUAGAAGAGUGACGGCGGAGAUUUUUCCCUUGAGUGUGUCUCUAUGCCCUCUCUUCCUCUUUGUAAAUCUGUAUCGAAAUAUAAUAGAGAUUUUAUAUGAUUUUGAUGAA